AUGGCGAUUUUGUACUUCAUUCGGGAACCGCAAAGUCUGCACGAAUGCGUCAGCCUGAUUAGCUGGGUGCAGUUCGUCAUGGGCUGCAGUGGAUUUUUCCAGCGGGCAGGUCGCUUUGUCAGCAACAAGUGGACGCGUCUCUACUCGCUGAGCUUUGUGAGCCUGAUAAUCUAUGGUCUGAGUGCCACCAUCUAUGACCUGCUGCAAAAUGAAGUGUUGCUGGAGCGAGUGCUGCAGGUGGACAAGCUUGUCUUGUGCAUCAUGGCCAUGGAGCUGUUGCUCUCCACGCUGGUUUUCCUGAUCACAGUGAUCUCGCUGCACUCCUGGUCGCAGCGAUACGUGGCCAUCUACCAGCAGCUGGCCGAGAUCGACAGGCGCCUGAUAGGCGAGUUCGGUGCCCGCAUGAACUACGGCAAGGUGGUGCGCAAGCACAUCGUGGUGCUCUUCACGGUGGCCGUCCUCUACUUGGGCGCUGUGAACAUGGGUCUGACGCGCCUGGCUGAUGGCCAUCACCUGGAGAUCGUGGUGCCCGCCGCCCUCUGCUACAUCGUCAUCACAGGUGGCCCGCAUCUAACGGGCUUCGUGCACAUGAGCCUGGCCGAGCUGCUGGGCAUCAGAUUUCGCCUGCUGCAGCAAAUUUUGCAGCCGCAGCGCCUGCAGAAGCCGCAGCUGGAGAAUGGCCUGCGUUCCCUGAUCGAUACGGUCAAGCAGCUGCAUUACCUCGUUAUGGAGAUCAACGAGGUCUACAAUGUCACCGUGUGGUCUGCCAUGGUCCACGACUUCGCCUUGAGCACCACCGAGCUGUACAUCAUCUUCGGGCGWUCCUCAGACAGCAGCAGCAGCAGCGCCAUUGGGGACGGCAGCUACGGCGAGAGUCCGGAGGGGGGCGAGGCGAUGGGCGUGAUGCUGAUGGCAUUCCUCUCCAUCUGCAUGCUGGUGCCGUUCUACAAGAUGCUCAUCGGGCCUGUCUACUGCAGCAACAGCAUCGAGGAGGGCCGCAAGUGCUUGCAUUUGCUCGAGCAGCUGGACAAUUGGUUCCCGGGCAGUCCAGGCAUUAAAGAGCUCGUGGAGUCCAUAAUGCGCUGGCGCCUACAGUUCAAAAUCAAUUUCACGAGUGGCAGGAGCACGGUGUACGAUAAAACUCUUAUUACCGAGUAUACCUCGAUUGUGUGCAACUAUUUGCUGGUGCUCAUCUCAUUCGCCAUGACACAGCAGCUGGGCGAGCAGGUGGAGCAGCAGAAGGUCGCUCUGCAGGAUUGGAUAGGCAUUUAAGAGAGGUACACCCACACACCCAUACACA